ACUCUGCUUGCGCGUAGAAAUGUAAUUCGAUCAUGUAUAGCUAGCUCUCUCUUAACAGUUUAAAUGUCGUGUUCUGUCAUAUCCUUGUUGUAGAUAAAUGAAGUAAUAUUAAUUUAUUUGAGUAAAAUAAUAAGUCAUGUGCGCUCACCUAUUACUAUAUGCCGAAUUUCAAUGGAAUAACAAACUUCUCCGCGGGGGAAUACAUAAGCCUUCUCGUUCGUCAUACGUACCGUCGGGCAUGCAUUGUGUGUAGAGUAGACACAAAUUAUAGUGUCAUAUUGUGUUAACGUGUAUAUUGUGAUUUUAUAUAUUAUAUUCAGGCUGUAUUUAAAUAAUGACUAGUUAAAUGAAAGUUAAAAAAAAAUCAAAAUUGUGGUAUAUACGACAUGUGUUUUAGAUAGUAUUAACAACAGGAUAUGCGUGAGAAAAUGGAAGAAGUCAAACCAAAAGUGGAAUUUUUACCUAAUGAACAAAUCGUACAAUCAUCCGAGCAGAACAUUUCAAUCAUGACGUCGCAGAAUCAGCAAAAUCAACAAAAUACUCAACAGCAACAACAACCACAGGUUAUAACAUUACAACAGUUACAAAGCUUUUUGCCCGGCGGCUUGAAUCAAUUAGAGGCAUCCCAAGUCCAAGCUCAAGCACAAACUACACCAGUGAAAUCAUUUAUGACACCUCAGGGGCAACAAGUACUGCAGGUCCAAUCGAUGUCACCACAAUUCAUGCAGGGUGGCCAAAUAUUAUCUUCAGGAGCUCCUAAUCUAGCUUAUAGUGUAAUGCAGCCGAUACAAACUGUCACAGUAGACGGCCAAGAAGCAAUUUAUAUUCCCGUCUCAAUGGCCAAUGCAGCUCAGACGAUACAAAUAGGCGGUCAGCAAGCAUUAUUGACACCGGCGGGCCAAAUAAUUAGAACACCGCAAGGCACUGUGCUACCUGCGAAUUUGCUACAAGGAAUGACUGCCCAGACCGUUCAAUUACCGAAUGCUGCUUCUAACCCUGCAAUCAUAACAAUACCCGGCACCAACAUUCAGAUUCCGCUAAGCGGGUCUCAAGGAAUAGCUUUCCCAGGAGGUAAUAUUACGAUACCAGGUUUGAACACAUCAACUAACUCCGGACAACAGCAGCAACAGAAUAAUACUUCAGGAGGAGGAACUACAAUAACUAUACCUGGGACAAACAUUCAAAUCCAGAGUCCUGUACAACAAAAUUCGCAACAGAGUAACAAUAGUAGUACUGCCAAUAAAGACACUGCCAAAUUAGAAAGCUCAGGCCAAAAUGUUUCGGUGCGAUCUCCUAUGCCUCAAGUAGUGCAGUUCGCUAAUGCGAUGGCUGCCCAAACAAUACCGGUACAAGUUCCGUGA